GCUGUAACGCUCGAGAGGAGGAGAGUGAGUGCGAUCAGGGGAAUGAAAGCAAGCGUGCACAGACAAGUGUGUUCAACUCCUCUAGAAUUCCUCCAGCAGAGACGUGCGUUUAGCGAGAUUUUCAAAUGUUGCUCUAUACAUUCUCUAGUUUCUUUCUUCGGAAUUGUCAUUUUGACCCACCCUCCAUCUAAAAAGCAUGCAACUUUGGGAGAGCUUGGCAACCAGGUAGUGGACAGCUGUGCAGCAGCAUGCCGUUCUAGCAAACAGUAUUUCCACGGAUCUUCGCCGAGUCAAUCCGUGAUCAUGUCGUUUGUGGAUGUAUAUUCAGAUGGUUUGAUUGACGGCUAAGUGGAGGAAACACGCAGAAGAGCGAAGGAGAAUGGCUUCGAAAGAGCGACUGUACGAGCUGUGGAUGUUAUAUUACACUAAGAAGUACAGACAGCAAGAGAGCAGAAAAGAGCAGAGAAGUAAACCAGCGGAGGCGUCAUGAUGGAUUCUGAAUGAUUCUGAGGCUUCCAGGCGACACAUUCUGGAAUUAAUAGAAGCAACUUGGUGGGGGCUCAGCAGAGACCGGGGUAACAAGAGCCCCUCCACCACACAUCACCUGCCAUGAGACAUGGACUGGCCCCUAAAUGAACAACAAUUGAAAGAUGUCAUUUACCUGCAGCAAUGGUUGGAGGCAUUCGUGGCAUCUUUUGAGAAGGUCAUUGAUGUGCAGUCGACAGAGCCUCGUCGGCUGGAGGAAUGGAGCGCCGAUGUCCCCCUCCUCCCCAAGGAGGUGUUGGUGUUCCUCAGCACCCAGCUGUGGCACAGUGCCCUCCACAUGUCAGGGCAGGAUCAGAGCAGCACUGCUCCACACCCACUGCUCCUCAUCAAGUUCUUCAUCAUCAUCUGCAGGAAUAUGGAGAAUAUAGACUCUGAAAAGACCCCAGGGUUUGUUUUUGAGACAAUCAAGCUCCUAAACUUCUGUUUGACUCAGCUGAAGAAGAAGCCAGAUGAUCAGAGCACUUUACAGUCGGUGGUACAACAUGGCCUGUUGCUGUGCGAAAACCUCUUUGACCCUUAUCAGACGUGGAGGAGACGGCAGGCAGGGGAGGAGGUCAGUAUGCUGGAGAGAAGCAAGUAUAAAUUCUCACCUCUUGUUCUACCAGAGGAGCUUCCUUUGCUCUUCCACGACUACCUACAAGAGAGCGACCUAAUCCCAGAGCCGCUCAUGGUGAGACUGGUGCAUCUACAGGGAGCUGUAAUCAGUGGAUGCAAGAGGAACGGGCUUCUCUCCAUCACCCCCCAGGCUGUGAAGGACCUCAUGUCUGUGCUGCGUUCCUGGUGCCUCACUCCUGCUUCACCCCCACAAGAGACCAAGGAUCCUUGGCUGCUCAAAAUGACCCUGCGGUGCCUGACUGCAAUGAUCCACCUUCUGCACUCCAGCAGCCCAAACGAGAGGCAGGUGGAGAUCCGGACAGUACUGGAUAGUUACUUCCAGCUGCUCAACUGGAACCGGCCACCAGACAGCCAGCAGGGAGAUAUGCAGGCCUGGGACGAUAACCUCGUCACCCUUCUCGAACAUAUGCUGAAUGCUAUCCCAGAGAUCCUGCAGUGUUCAGACCGGCCGGUGUUGCAGGCUAUCUUUCUUAAUAGCAACUGUUUCGAGCACAUCCUCCGCCUCAUCCAGAACAGCAAGGUCUGGGAAAAGGGCUCUGACUGCAUCACAGUACACGCCAUUCGAGUUCUCACCGCCAUAAUGAGCAACUCGCCCUCUGCCAAGGAGGUCUUCAAGGAGCGGAUUGGCUACUCACAGUUGUUUGAUGUGUUAAAAAGUCAAGGACAGCCCACCAAAAGACUCCUGCAGGAGCUGAUGAACAUGGCUGUUGAAGGAGAGCAUUCCCAGGCCAUGCAGUUGGGCAUCAGUAACGAACAGACUUUGCUCCUGCUGCUGCAGUGGUUGCCUGACCUGGGCUCUCGUUCUCUGCAGCUGCUGGUGUCCCAGUGGCUGGCGGCCGUGUGUCGAGGAACUCUGUCCUGCCGCACUGUAGCCGUUGAGGCGGGCUUAGUAGGCGCUUUGCUGGAGGUGCUGUCUGAAUCCCCGGAGCGGCUCGACCGGCAGUGCGCCGAUGCCCUCUUGGGCUUGCUUCAAGACUUAGGAUCUCUUUCUCUACGGCCCUGUGAACUGAAGAGUCUGCUGAAGCUCUUGCGGACCGAGCCUGGUGCACCCCCUCACCCGUACUGUGGGCACGUGGUAAGGGUGCUUUCUGCCAUGGCCGCCCGCGGAGAGGGUGGAUGCAGCGCCUUGCAGUAUUUUGACCUUACGCCCCCUAUGGCGGGUAUUAUGGUGCCAGCUAUACAACGCUGGCCAGGAAGCGCGUUUGCUUUCCACGCUUGGCUGUGCCUCAACACAGACUUUCCUCCUCCCCAGCACCACUACUCAGAAUCUCACCUGACAAACCCAGAUAAUAUGGUUCGAAUGGCUAAAGGACCACGUAGGAAACAGCUUUACAGUUUCUUCACAGCAAGCGGAACUGGCUUUGAAGCUUUUUUCACCACAGAAGAAGUUCUGGUGGUGGCAGUAUGUACUAAGAAGGAAUACAUGGCCGUUUCCCUGCCAGAACACCCAUUCAAUGAUUGCGCCUGGCACUCAGUAGCCAUUGUUCACGUUCCUGGCCGUCGGCCCUUUGGCCAGAAUGUGGUCACUGUUUAUGUGGAUGGAGAGCAGUGUAAAACAGCACACCUGCGCUUUCCUUCUCUGAACGAGCCUUUCACUUCCUGCUGCAUUGGAUCAGCUGGUCACCGGACCACUACCACCAUGACUACCUCUCCGACCCUGACCAACCCGUCCCACUCGCCGUCCGAGAUGGCAUUUGCAGCACACACUGGGCCACCCACCCUUGCACGUUCCCAGUCCUUCCCUGCAUCCUUUGCUGCAGCCACAGGGGGGCGGCCAGGUCUGAGUCGGGACAGUCCAGUUCACACCAUCCCAGCAGGGCUGCAGGACACUGCCUGGGGCUCUCCUUCAUCACUGGGCGGCCUUUUAGCCACGGUUUUCAUCUGCCAUGAAGCCCUGCAGCCUGCUCAGGCAAGAGCCCUGUUCACUGCAGGUCCCAAUAAUGUUUCUCUAUUCAAAGCUGAUGGUGAACCUUCAGAAGUCAACAGUAAACUAUUGUUAUACUAUACCCCACAGGCCUUUAAGAUCCAGAUCUGUUUGGAUUUGUCCCCAAACCAUCUUUACGAUGGCAGGCUGACUGGUCACAGAGUGGUGAACUGGGACGUCAAGGAUGUUCUGAGCUCAGUCGGUGGCAUGGGAGCUCUCCUGCCUCUGCUGGAGCAGGUGUGUUUACUGGACCAGGGCGAUACUGUAGGUCAGGAGACUUCAGAUCUACUCGGGCCAGAGCUCACGUCCUCCAGGGGCCCUGCCGGCAUGCUGUUGCCUCUGGGGAAGUCAUCUGAGGGCCGUUUAGAGAAGAACAGUGUAGCAGCGUUUUUGCUGAUGAUUAAGAACAUGCUGCGCAACCAUCCAGCCAAUCAGGAGAGUCUGCUUCAGUGCCACGGGCCGCCCAUCAUCGGAGCCAUGCUCGGCAAGGUUCCCAGCAGUAUGAUGGACAUGAGUGUACUGAUGGCCUGUCAGUUCCUGCUCAAGCAGGUGUCCAACGAGGGCAACAACGCCCUUCUGUCACAGCUGUAUCAGUACCUGCUCUUUGACUUCAGAAUCUGGAGCCACAGCCACUUUGCAGUCUGCCUGGGUCAUGUGCAGUACCUUGCCACCAUCAUCAAUGAAGGCAAGCUGAAGACUCGUAAGAGGUAUGGUGUUCAGUACAUCCUGGACUCGAUUCGGACACACUACAGUGUGGAGAAGCAUGGCAGUCCUCUGUCCGAUGAGAGGCAGACGGUGCAGAUCGCUCUUUUUGCUCUGCUGAAGGACCUUCUGAAAUCCCCCACUGCUGAGGAGCUGCACAGUGUACUAGCCUAUGCUGCUAUAGUGCAGGACGAGCAACAGGUGAUCAGUAUUCUGGAUGUGUUACACACUGUAUUGAGAAGUUCUCCAUCUCCACGUGAGCAGGCUGUGACGGUUCUUCUGGAGCAAAGGGUGGAGCAGCUCUACUGUCUGCUGCUUAAAACCAACUAUGGAGACGAGGCUCGUGAGAGAGUUUUCAGGGUCUUGUAUAAAGUCCUGAAGAGUGAACGUAUACCUGAGCGCAGUAAAAUGCGCAUCAAGCUCAAGGACUCUGGCUACCUUGGGCUGGUCUGCUCCCUUGGUGAUGUCCCCAUCACAAUGACUACUGUACGCUGUCUGUAUGAGCAGGUGCUCGCCACAGAUCCCACUCCUAAUUUUAGAGACCUGAUGGCAGUGGCAUACCUGUCCCAUCGUGCUGACCUCAGCGUCCGACUAGAUAUCUGUCGUAAGCUCUUCCACUUGAUCUACUCCAAUCAAGAGUAUGUGAAGCAGCUCGCUCGUCAGUCAGGCUGGCAGGAUGUCCUCACCAAACUCUACAUCAAAGAAUCCUACGAGUCUCGCGUUCUCAGCCAAUCCAAUUCUUUUUCCAGCCCCACCAACUCGCUGGACCCCGUUCUUUCCAGACCCGUCUUCCAACGCGAGGACAGUGUAGUGGAGGACACUCAGCAGAACGUCUUCAUUUCCCUCUCUGCCCGCCACGAAGAGGAGUAUGAGGAGGAAGAAGCUCAGGAUGCAUCUGAGGGCUACUCUGACCUCUCCCAGUCUCCCCCGUCAACCGGACAACUCAAGAAUGAUUCCUUGCACUUCAAGCCAUAUGACUCUGGAGAACAAAGCAGUCAUUCGUCCACCCUGUCCAACACUGUGGACAUUCAAACGUCAUCUCGUCUUCUGGAAGAAGAGGAAAACGUGUACCAGCCGCUCUCACCCUUCAGCUCACCUUUUGAACUAGAACUAAGCCUUCAAAAAGGACCCCAGACAACUGUGGGUAGCCAGCCAGAGACCCCCUCUCCUCUGGAGCACAGUAAGAGCUUCCCAGGCAUGAGGCCGCGCAAGAGCUCCAGUCUGUCCAACGUUCUGGAUGACACUAGCUACAGCACCGAACCUCCUACAGACACCAUCUCCAACAAUUCCAACCCACAGGCUCCUGAGGAGGAGUUGUGUAAUUUGCUGACGAACAUCGUAUUCUCCGUGCUGUGGAGCGGCACUGAGGGGUCUGAGGAUGUGAUAUGGAGAGAAAGAGGUCAGGUGUUCUCUGUCCUCACAAAGCUUGGCUCAUCUUGUCAGCUGGUGCGGCCACCUGAUGACAUUAAACGCAGUUUGUUGGAGAUGAUGCUGGAGUCGUCUCUGUCGGAUCUGAGGGACUCUCAGGGCGUGUCUCUGCCCCAUGUGCCUUCUUUGCUCCGCCUCCUCAGACUGCUCCAGGACUUCCUGUUCGCCGAGGGCACUGACAAUCAAACACUAUGGAGUGAGAAGAUUUUCGAGGGGGUGGUGAAUCUGUUGGACAGGCUGCAGGCAUGGCACGUGACCCCAGGGUCGGCGGGGGCCACUGAGCUCAAAGAGAUGUCUCUGAUCGGCCUGCGGAUCAUCACUGGAUACAUUCAGCAGCAGCAGAACCCACAGGUGUGUGAGAUGGCGUGUUUAAAGCUUCAUAGCCUGCUGCAAACGGUCUUAUGUCUGUCCUGGGAAGAGGUGUGUUUUCUUCUGGGUCGUCUUGUUCCACCACUUUGGCCUGCAAACAGUGACUCAGACAAGGGUGCCGAGGCUUUGCUGAAACCUCUGGUGCCCAUCGUCCGAGCGCUUCUGGACCAGCAUGCGGAUCGAAGCACCCUUCAGGAGAUGCUCCCCAACCUGCCCGCCACCAACGGCAGCGCCUCCUUCGCCCAGGAUCUCCAGAACUACUGCAGCACCGCGGAGUGGCAGCAGUUCCACCAGAACCACGUGGAGCCCACAAUGCAGCAGUAUGAGCUGGACACUUUUGGGAAGAGUCAUGACCUGAUGUCUAAUUUCUGGAAUUCCUGCUUUGAUGACCUCAUGAGCACCGCACAGAGGAGAGACAAGGACCGCUCCGACUGCAAAGCCAAGUUUCAGGAGCUCAUCAUUGACCCGUACCUGAAACGAAUGCGCACCGAGAACAGCCGCUACCACAGUGUGCAGAAGAUGAUUAACAGCCAGCAGGUGGUGGUGUGGAGGCACUGGAAAUCACUGCGCAGGUUACUGAGCAGCGAGAGAAGAGCCUGGGCACUCAGGGUUCAGCCAGAGGUGAAAUGGAAACUGUCAAGCGCAGAGACGUACUCUAAGAUGCGUCUGAAGCUGGUGCCAAAUUACAGCUUUGACUCGCACAAUGAUGCCAGCGCACUGAGAGAUAACAUGGGAGCCGACAGCCCUCGCAGCUCAACCGAUCCCAUCCCUCUUGCUGUUGCAAAGGAAGCCAAAGUUAGUGACAUGGAGGACGACAAACUAGAGGAUUUUGAAGAUUUUGUCUUCAUUGAUGAGGCGGAGGAGGGCGAGGAGGAGAGCCAGAAGGAAAAGCUGGUGCUCUCGGAGGAGUGUGAGCUCAUCACUAUUGUUGCUGUGGUACCAGGUCGCCUGGAGGUCACAACACACCACCUGUACUUCUACGAUGGCAGUAGUGAGAAAGAGGAGACUGAGGAAGGCAUUGGGUUUGAUUUCAAGAGGCCGUUGUCACAGCUAAGGGAAGUCCACCUGAGGCGCUACAACCUGCGGAGAUCUGCAUUAGAGCUGUUCUUCAUCGACCAGGCACACUACUUCAUCAACUUCAGGAAGGGGGUCCGGAACAAAGUCUACUCCAGGAUCCUAGGUCUCAGACCACCCAAUCUCUUCUACUUUGGUUCUCGCUCUCCUCAGGAGCUCCUGAAAGCCUCCAACCUGACUCACAGAUGGGUUUGCAGAGAGAUCUCCAAUUUUGAGUAUCUGAUGCAGCUCAACACCAUUGCUGGUCGCACAUACAAUGAUUUAUCCCAGUAUCCAGUGUUCCCCUGGGUGCUGUGUGACUACACAUCUACUGAAUUGGAUCUGGAGGACCCAGCUGUUUUCAGAGAUUUGUCCAAACCCAUUGGUGUCGUCAACCCAAGACAUGCACAGAACGUCAGGGAAAAGUAUGAGAGUUUUGAGGAUCCAACAGGCACUAUUGAUAAGUUCCACUAUGGCACACACUACUCUAAUGCUGCCGGCGUCAUGCACUACAUGAUCCGCACAGAGCCCUUCACCUCAUUGCAUAUCCAGCUCCAGAGCGGCAAGUUUGAUUGUGCCGAUAGGCAGUUUCAUUCAGUAGCAGCAGCAUGGCAGGCACGAAUGGAGAGUCCAGUUGAUGUGAAGGAGCUCAUCCCAGAGUUCUUCUACUUCCCAGAGUUCCUGCAGAACAUGAACGGUUUUGAUCUGGGCUGCUUGCAAAUCAAUCAGGAGAAGGUCGAUGAUGUGUUGAUUCCCCCCUGGGCAUCUUCGCCCGAAGACUUCAUCAGGAAACACCGCAAAGCUUUGGAGAGUGAGCAUGUGUCUGCUCACCUGCACGAGUGGAUCGAUCUCAUAUUCGGAUAUAAGCAGCGAGGACCUGAGGCAGUGGAAGCUCUCAAUGUCUUCUACUACUGCACUUAUGAGGGUGCAGUGGAUCUGGACGCCAUAGCUAAUGAGACCGAGCGCAAGGCCCUUGAAGGCAUCAUCAGCAACUUUGGCCAGACGCCCUGUCAGCUUCUCAAGGAGCCCCAUCCUCCCCGUAUGUCAGCUGAGAACGCAUUCAGGCGACAGGCCCGUCUGGACAUUCUGCCUCCCAACCUUUUUGAUCAGCUCACUAAACUCCGAUCUUUUAAAGAGGUGGUGAGUGACGGCCUGCCUUUAGUCCAAGCCGUGGUGCCCAGAAAUCAAACCCGCUCCUUUAUCAUCCCUGGCUCUGACAUACUGGUGACAGUGAGUGACAAUGGAAUGAUAGGCACUCAUAGCUGGCUGCCCUACGACAAGAACAUAGCGAAUUAUUUCACCUUCACCAGAGACCCCACUGUGAGCAACCCAAAGACCCAGCGGUUCCUCAGCGGGCCGUUCUCCCCAGGGGUGGAAAUGGGGUCCCAGGUGUUGGUGGUGUCCACUGACGGGCGUCUGCUGUUCAGCGGGGGGCACUGGGACUGCAGUAUUAGGGUCACUAUGUUAGGCAAGGCCAAGCUGGUGGGCAGGAUCUGCCGUCACAUAGAUGUGGUCACAUGCCUGGCUUUGGAUCUCUGUGGUAUCUACCUCAUCUCUGGCUCACGGGACACCACCUGCAUGGUGUGGCAGGUCCUACAGCAGGGUGGUUUCUCUAGCGGUCUGUCUCCACGGCCCGUGCAGGUGCUCUGUGGACAUGAUCAAGAGGUCACGUGUGUCGCCAUCAGCACUGAGUUGGAUAUGGCGAUUUCAGGGUCAAAGGAUGGCACAGUAAUCAUGCACAGUGUGCGUCGUGGACAGUACCUGCGGACCCUGAGACCACCGUGUGAGAGCUGCCUUCCUGCCCCUGUGGUACACCUGGAGGUCGGCAUGGAAGGGCACAUAGUGGCACAGACUGUUACCGAGGGUCGCACUGCCGGAAAGGUGCUGACAGACAAUGUUUGUCAAAAGAGAAAAGAGAAGUAUGCACUGCAUGUGUACUCUGUGAAUGGCACUCGCUUAGCAUCUGAGACCUUGGACGAGAAGAUUUCAGCUUUGCAUCUGGUGCCUGACUACCUCAUCGUAGGCACACAACAGGGGAACCUUCACAUUCGAGACUUGUACAGUUUGAAUCGGGCUGUUGCGCCCUUGGCCCUGAAGGUCCCUGUGCGCUGUGUGUCUGUCACGAAAGAGAGCAGUCAUAUUCUGGUGGGCCUGGAGGAUGGCAAACUCAUCGUGGUGGGAGCAGGAAAACCAGAAGAGGUGCGGUCUGGGCAGUUUUCCCGCCGACUGUGGGGCUCCACACGCAGAAUCUCCCAGGUGUCCGCAGGAGAGACCGAAUACAACCCCGAUGAACCUCCUGCUAAAUGAGCCCCGUGUGCCUUCAGCAAACACUGCAUCCACAAGAGACCAGAGCAUCAGCGCUCCUUCACCACUCGUCCGCUUUCCUGCCCUCCUGAAACAGAGAGCUCGGGAACAAGAGUUAAGGGAACACAAGUGGUGAACAUCCAAACGUGCACUUUCAUACAAAAAGGGAAAAGAACGUUCUUCUGGAAAAUGCAGUGAUUUAUACUGCUUUUGACAGACAAACAUUCCAAAGAUUUUUGAUCAGGCAGUCGUGUUGACGGCUAAGACUGAACUUUUUGAAAGCAGUAUGUUCUGUGCUGUGAAUCACAGACUGUCUUCUCACUGGCUGGAGCUCAAGGCACUGUGGCUCAGUGUGAUGGACUUCGUCUCUGUCACUGAGUGACAAACCGUCAUCACCUGAGCCGUUUUAUAAUAUAGUAGAUCUUCUUCUGCUGAUUUCCGCUUUUGAACACUGGUACCCCAUCCGACACUUGAAAACCUUCUUAUAUUAAACAAUGUCAUCUAUGACGCCAGAUUUUUCCGUGGGACAGGCGCCGACAGAGGCAUUUUAGCUCUGUGCAUGUACAGUAUGUGGGUGUGGGUGUUUGUAUUGCUUUGCACGGUUACUUGCAGACGCUUUGUAUAAUGCAGCAAUUAUUGUGACGCCUAAAUUAGAACAAGAUCCUUUCGCUCUUUUUUUUUUAAUGAUGUGAAGCGCUUUGAGUCCUACUAAGUCUUAAGACUUGAUUCAGUACCUCUGGUGCCUUAAAAUAGGUCAACAAUAGAAAUGUCCAUAAUUAUGAUUGAUUAUGACAUGAAAUAUAUUAAAGGGGUAGUUCACCUGAAAAUGAAAGUUUUGUCAUCAUUGACUCACCCUUAUGGUUCCAACCCUGCAUGAUGAACUUUCUCCUGAAAAAAGAAAAUUAUAAUGUGUAUAUUACAUUUUCCUAUUUUAUAUUUUAGUUUUCGUUAGUUGUUUUUUUUUUUUGUGAUUAAAAAUUAAAAUUAGGAACAACAUGAGUGAAUGAUCACAAUCUUAAUUUUGGGGUGAACCAUCCAUUUACUUAAUUAGGUUCUGCUCAUAAAAACAGCUUUUUUUGUCCAAUAUUGGCACACAUUGAUCUCUUUCGCACUGUGUAAAUCUUUCAUAUUCUGUUAUAUAUUAUACAUUAUAAAAGGAAGUGCCUUUCCUGUUAUGGAUUUGCAUAGCCAUCACAAAAAUCCUCUUAUACGUGAAUACGAGCGCACUGAUGUGUUUGUUCUUCCACUGUAGGGCAUUUCUAGCAUAUAGCGCCUUCUAAAAUCAGCAUAAAAGCGCUUUUUCACAUAAUAGUUGCGAAACGGUUUCAGCUCAACCUCACAUGCCGCUUAUUAACAUGCUGUGCUUAUAAACUCAUUUACAGAAAAUCUAAAUCUUAACAGGAAUUUUAUCCAUUUUGAACUCCGCAGAGUGCCUCAACUAUGUUCUUCGCUGUAAUUACGAAACUAUUUGUAAUAUGUGAACCAUACACCAACUAGUCUUAAUUGUCCUGUGAAUGUGUUCAUUGGCUCGGGUCAUAAUUCUGUCUGUGUUACCAUUGGAAUUUUUUGUCUAGAUGUUUUUUGUUUUUGUUUUUUGCUCUUGACGCACUGAAUGCUUUGAAAACUGUACUGUGUGAGUGGUGUCUGUGUGACACAUGGGUAUUGGGGGGGGGGGCAGAGGACACAUCUGGCUGGCUUCUCUGGGAUGGUUGCGUUACUUCUGCUGCUCUGCGCUGGAUAGCAAAGCCAGCAGAGAAACUGAAGCACCAAGCACAAUGGCCAGCAGUUAUACACUGUUUAAAGGGAUAGUUCACCUGGAAAUUAUAUAUAUUUUUAGUGCUGGGCAAAGAUUAAUCGCGAUUAAUAGCAUCUAAAAUAAAAGUUUUGUGUGUA